UCAACAAAAAUGAUACUCAAAACGAUAGCGACUGUUGAUACUUUUUCUUAUAAAUUAUAUGCAUGCUGCUGGUAGUGGUGGCGCAUCGGCUGUGCUGCUGUCAUGGUGUUUGAACAGCAUGCUAGUCGUAUACGCCAUCAAUCGCAUGCUUCUUGCACUUGCCACCACCACGUUCGUCGUAACAGUUGAAUAAUGCGUUAUAAAUCAGUAUUUAAUAGCCAUUGAUGCUGACAACAGAAGAAGUUUGUAAUAAACUAAUUCGUCAAAGACUUAAUUUUUAAAUCUAGUGAUUAAUUAAGAAACGGACAUUUCAGCCGGCCCCAAUGGACGUUUCGCUUGAUCUAUCUUCACUUAUUUAACAACUCUUCACUUAGUCACUCCUCUUUAUAAAACUCCAAUCUUGUUUCAGUGUGUUCUAUAAUUCUACCAAGCCAAAAAGAAUGACUAGAGUCGAGAUCAUUUCUAGAGAGAACAUAAAACCAUCUUCUCCAACACCACCACACCUGAAAUCAUACAAUCUUUCCAUCUUGGAUCAGCUCAUUCCUGCUCCUUAUGCACCCAUCAUACUAUACUAUCCAAAUCAAGAUCAAGCCAGUGAUCUUGAAGUCCAAGAACGGUUGAAAUCUUUAAAGAUUUCAUUAUCCAAAACAUUAACACGCUUCUAUCCUUUAGCCGGGACUAUAAAGGACGACCUUUCUAUUGAUUGUACAGACGUUGGUGCUUACUUUGCAGUGGCUCAUGUCGAUGCUUAUCUUGAUGAGUUCCUGAAUCAUCCAGAUUUUGAUCUGAUCAACCGGUUUCUUCCAUGUGAACCUAGUUUCAAUGGGAGUAACGAAGGAAGUCAUGUGAGUAACAUUCAAGUGAACAUUUUUGAAUGUAAUGGGAUCGCUAUUAGUUUGUGUAUUUCACACAAGAUUCUUGAUGGUGCUGCGUUGAGUAUUUUCCUAAGAGGGUGGGCUGGGACUUGUUGUGGGUUGAAAGAAGUUGUGUACCCGAACAUGAACACAAGCUCUUUGUUUCCCGCAAAAGAUUUAUGGCUCAAAGAUUCAUCAAUGGUGAUGUGGGGUUCAUUGUUCAAGAUGGGUAAAUGUAGCACAAAAAGAUUCGUUUUCAGUUCUUCAAAACUCGAUGCUCUCAAGGCGAAGGCAGUGGGAAACAGGGUGAAACAUGCUUCACGUGUUGAGGUGGUGUCGGCUUUGCUAUGGAAGUGUAUGAUGGCUGCAUCGGAAGAAAAGGCUGGCUUUUGGAAGCCAUCUUUGUUAAGCCAUGUUGUGAACCUUCGCAAAAGGAUAUUAUCAUCAUUUUCAUUAGAAAAUUCCAUCGGGAACUUGAUUUGGAUAGCGGAUGCUGAAUGUAAAACCGAGUCUGAAAUCGGAUUAGGAAAUCUGGUUGGAAAAGUACGUGAUGGGGUGUCGAGAAUUGAUGGUGAGUUUGUGAAGAACAUGCAAGGUGACAAAGGGAUAGAAGUGAUGGAAGAUUCAUUGAAAAGGUUGAAAGAUUGUGGGGAUUAUGUUGGGUUUACGAGUUGGUGUAAGAUGGGGUUUUAUGAAGUGGAUUUUGGUUGGGGAAAGCCGAUGUGGGUGUGUGGGAGUGUUUGUGAUGGUAGUCCAGUUUUUAUGAACUUUAUUGUUUUGAUGGACACGAGAUGUGGUGAGGGGAUAGAAGCUUGGGUGUCUAUGGAUGAACACGAAAUGCAUAUUUUAAAACACAACUCCGAGCUCUUGGAGUUUGCAUCACUUGAUCCGAGUCCUCUAGACAUGAACAAGUGAUCGUUUGAUCGAAGCUGCUAUAUAUGAACCACCG